AUGUUGCAUUUCUUCCUUAGUGUGGUGGAUCUGAAGCGCUACAGGAAGGCCACGUCUUACUGCCGCAGUGUGCAGCUGCUGGGCUACACCGUGGGCUCUGUGCUGGGCCAGCUGCUGCUCAGCUUCCAGCUCAUGUCCUACGACAACAUCCUGGUGCUCACUCUGGUUCUCACCUCCAUCGCUCUCCCCGUGGCCUGCCUCCUGCCAAUGCCACGGCAGAGCAUGUUUUUCCACAGAAAUAAAACAGUGACAGAGGGGAUAAAGACAAAUGGAGAUGGGACUGUGGAUUCAACAGAACACUCACGGAGAGCAAAGGUCUCCCUGGAGGAACCAGGAGAGGAAAUGGUGGAGAAAGAAGCAGGAGAAAGAGUUGAUGAAAAGGAUAAGGACCUUGAGGUUGGUGCAAGAAGCUGCAGCCAAGUCCUCCUCCAGCUGUGGAGGGACUUCCUCCAGUGCUACUCCUCCAGACAGCUGCUCUACUGGUCAGUGUGGUGGGCGAUGGCCACCUGCGGCUACAACCAGACAGCCAACUAUGUGCAGGUUCUGUGGGAGCAUGUGCAGCCUUCUCAAAAUGGCAGCAUCUACAAUGGAGGCGUGGAGGCAGUGUCCAACCUGUUAGGAGCAGCCACAGCGUACGGUAUCGGCUUCACGGAGGUGAGGUGGGAUCAGUGGGGGGAGCUGGCUCUCGGGGGUUUCUCUGGACUCGGAGCAGCAGCACUCUUCCUCAUGACCUUCAUCAGAAACAUCUGGGUCUGCUACGCCGGAUACAUUGUAUUCAAGUGCCUGUACAUGCUGCUGAUAACAAUAGCCAUGUACCAGAUUGCAGCCGACCUGACGAUGGAGAGGUAUGCUCUGGUGUUUGGAGCGAAUAACUUUGGAGCGUUGGCUCUGCAGACCAUCAUCACCUCUGUGGUGGUGGACAGCAGAGGGCUGGGCCUGGGCAUCAUUCCUCAGUUCACCAUAUACGCCAGCUACUUCUCACUCAUCGCUGUCCUUUUCUCACUUCGGGGACUGUUCACCAUUUGGAGAAGCGACAAAGAGCCCACUGCUGCCGUCAGAAAUGACCCUCCGGACUGUGACGAACACAAAUUCUGAAUACAUGGGUUUUGACUUUGCAGAGUUAAAAGCUUCAAAUUACUGACUGCAACACCAUGAAUAUAAAUCUUUUUUUUUAUAUAUCUAUAUACAAAACAAAUGUACACGAUUCUCCAUACAUCAAUAUAAAUGAAUGGUUUGGUCAUUUCUUCUUAUUUAAAAUUCAUUUUAAUAUAUAUAUAUAUACUGUAUAUAUUUACACAUUAACUUAAAAUUCUCUAAUACCCUAAUGCAAGUGGUUUUCAGCCCAGCAGCCAUUCUCGACAGUAUACCAGAAGCUUUGUGACCCUCUGUCAGCAGGAGGGGAAGAAGCAGAGAAAUGAGACCCCCGCCCGUCCCUGACGACGCAGAUGCUUCUUUAUCUCUCGCAAACAGAAUAGGUUUUUUUUUAAAUUAUUAUUAUGGGAUACUACGGUGGCCGACAGGUGCAAACGCGUUACACCGACCCAACACAUUUCCAUAUAGGGGAAGCAAGCUGCAGUUUCCAAAAA